AGCGGAACAGAACCGGCCUGAUGACAAAAGGCGCCAGAAAAUCCUAUGUCAGCACAAUAAUUAGAUCGUAGGUAGAUCUAUAGGGCACUGCACCUACCGUGGACUAGGCUCUGAAAUGCCUGGCUUACUAACCUUUUCAACAAAACUGGCUGACAAGGACACUCGGGGCUAUCUCUCGUGGCCUCGCUGGUGAACAGUCCACCUGGCUCUGGCUCUGGCUCUUUACCUGAAACACAACGUUGAAGGCGACCCUGGGAAGACACAGAAUGCAACCGGAAGAAGAAAAGCAUCCCUACAGCCCUCCAACGCCUGAUAGCGAUACAGUUUCGUCGGAGAGCGCCCGCCACGAUGGAACCGCAUCCGCGCCAGCGCCAGCCCCGGCGCCAUUCAGCAACACCCGCGCAAAUUCCACCAUUGUCGUCCUCACGGGAGUCAGCUUUCUCAACACGAUGGGAUCGGGCAUCCUGACCGUGGCACUUCCGAACAUGUCGGCCGAUCUCCACCUGAGCGAAGAUAUUAUGCUAUGGCCCGCAUCGGUGUACGCGCUCGCGGCGGGCUGCACCCUGUUACUUUUCGGCUCCAUCGCUGAUGCGGUGGGCGACAAAAUCAUCUGGCUGACUGGCAGUGUUCUGUAUGCGAUCUUCACAUUGGCUUGCGGGUUUGCUCAGACGGGAAAUCAACUCAUUGCCUUCCGGACAUUGUUGGGUCUCUGGAUCGCCAUGUGUUUGCCCUCGGCGGUCAGCUUGAUGACGCGCAGUUGUCCGUCAGGCACACGGCGGAACAUCGGAUUCGCGUCGAUGGGGAUGGGACAACCGCUGGGCUACUCGGUAGGGCUGAUCCUGGGGGGUGUCUUCGUCGACACUAUCGGGUGGCGCUAUGGGUAUUAUAUUAGUGCGAUCAUCAAUGCCAUCCUGUCCGCCACAGCCUUCUGGGCGCUGCCCGCCGUGAAGCAUCGCGACGGGGAUCCAUGGUACAAGAGAAUGGCAAAGAUUGACUGGUUUGGGGCAGUAAUCAUCAGUGUUUCCCUGGCACUGCUGUGUUUUGUGAUGGCUGAGCUCUCCGGCAGUUAUCGUAAUAUCCGCACCGGCUAUGUUAUUGCACUUUUGGUCAUUUCCAUAGUGCUGAUUCCCACCUUUGUCGCAUGGAUGGGGUGGCGACAGCGACAGGGGCUACCAGCCCUCAUUCCCAACACUAUCUGGCAGAACUCCACGUUCACCUCCACAUGCAUCAUUGUGUUCUUCACCUGGGCGGUUUUCAAUGCCUUUCAGUACUUUUCAUCUCUCUAUUUCCAAAAUAUUCAACUUCACUCCGCUCUCAUCUCAGCCGUCAUGUUCUUGCCACUGGUGAUUGUCGGGGCGAUCACCAACCUCUUCACUGGGUACGUGGUCGACAAAGUCGAAGUCCGCACUUUGGUCUUUGUCUCCGCGUGCGUCAGCACUAUCUCCCCAAUCCUGAUGGCAUUGGUCAAGCCGAGCUGGGGGUACUGGCGGGGGCCAUUCGUCGGGAUGCUCCUGAGUCCGCUUCACCCGGAUGUGCUAUUUACCGUGUCGAACCUGAUCAUCUCGCAGGCCUAUCCGGGAGAGAAUCAAGGGCUUGCCGGGGCGGUGUUCAACGCCGUCUCACAGAUCGGCAACUCCGUGGGCUUAGCAAUCAGCGCAGUGAUUGCCGCCUCGGUCACGGCACACUCGGAUGGGGAUCUCUUGAAGGGCUAUCAAGCGGCCUAUUGGCUCAUGUUUGCGGCCAUGAUAGUAGUAUGUGUGGUCAGUUUUGUGGGCCUCCGCUCCGGCGGAAAAGUGGGUAGUAAGAAAGAUGAGUAGGAUCUGCUGUAAACCAAUAGAACACACCCGAUAAC